AUGCCCCAACCAGGGCUGCUCUUAUGGCUGUUCCUGGUCAUACCUGUUGUCCUGGCCUCUUGCCCUCCCGGCUGUACAUGUCACGAUGACAACAAAGAUGUUGUAUGUAGCAAUGUGAACCUAGGCUCCAUUCCGAUGUUCUUGAACCCAGAGUUGAAGAGAUUACUGUUGAUUGAUUGCUCCAUCACAGAACCGGACGCCAUGACUCUUCGUAUCUACGAGGGUAUGUUCGUCUUUGUUUCCCCUAAUCCCUAUAUGUUUGUCUUUCGUAAAGUCAUCUCUUUUUAAUGCUUUUGCGACAUUCCCGGCCCUAAAAUACUAAUCUCGACUUCAGAUCUGGAAGAAUUGGAUCUCUCGGGCAAUAACAUCAGCCGCCUCGAGAACGAAGCCUUGGAUCAGCUUCAGAAUCUUCGGAUCCUCCGGCUGAAUCGCAAUCGGCUAACUGACCUCGACCAAACUCUAUUUGCGCGGCUCAUAAAACUGGAGGUAAGAGGAGAUCCGUUCAUGAAUUUACGACCCUCCGUUUUGAUUUACGCGCUUCUGAAUAUUGAACAUGACCUAAUCGAUCAUCUUUCAGACCUUGGACUUGUCACAAAAUUUCAUAAAAGCCGUCCCAUCGCAACUUUUGGUCCGACUUCAAUCCCUGCGUCAUCUGAAUCUGUCCAGAAACAGCCUUUUGGACUUGGAUUCCAUGGUGUUUGCUGGUUUAGAUCAUGUGCGCAGUCUCGAUCUUAGCUUCAACAAACUCCAGAAGAUCUCACCGAGUCUGUUCCUUGACCUCGCUCAGCUCGAAACUCUUGAUUUGGGUCACAAUCAAUUUGAGAAGGUAAUUAUUUAUUUUGGCGGCCUUAUUUAUUCUCGCCUCUUUAGAUCUCAUACGGGGUUUUCUCGAGUCAAAGCCAAUUGCUCUCGUUGGAAUUGCCGUGGAAUAAGUUGCGCAAUAUGGAAAUGGGCGCGUUCACAGGAUUGCGCAAACUCCGAUCGCUGGAUCUGUCAUCGAACAAGGUAAUCGAAUGUCUCAUUUAAUUUUAUUCGUUUUUGUUUCAGUUGACAGCUGCACCCCGAGAACAAUGGCCCUACGUCGCCGCGUUGGAGGAAUUAUCCAUUUCGGAUAAUCCAAUGAACGCUCUGGACUCCCUCGACUUCCUGGAGCUGUCCGCACUGAGGUCGUUGACCGCGACUCAUAUGAACGACCUGGUUCGUAUCAACGACGAUUCCUUUCAUGGACUCUGUGCCCUCGAGAAGCUGACCAUCACCGGCUGUCGACAACUCCAUCUUAUCUCCCCAACCGCCAUUUCCAACUGCUCUCGGCUUCGAAUUCUGAAUCUCUCGGGAAAUGGAAUCUCUUCCUGGAUGGUCGGAACUCUUGAUCUGAGCCGUCUCGCGGUUGUCGACCUCUCCGACAAUCCAUGGUUCUGCAAUUGUUCGUGGACUCCGACGUUGCGCAAUCUUAUUUCAUCGCACAAUAGUCCAAACAUGGCCCGAUGCGAUGGACCCGAGCAGAUGGCUGGACUGGGGCUGGACAAGGCGGUAGGAAUUAUUUUAUUCUUUCUGGAGAGCUCCUUUGCGGCGUCUCGACCCUUCACACCUGCCCCUAAUUUCAGGUACUUGGUUGUCAAAACACCCUUCUGACUCUGGCCCGACAAAAUUUGAAUAAUCUCCCGGUACUCGGCCUCCUGGUCGGAUCUCUUCUGUUGGUCACCAUAUUGGUCGUCACCGUUUCUUUGAAGCUGUUAUGCUGCACGAAGAAGGAAAAGAACGUCCAAAAGAAUGGCCGAAUGCCUCUGUAUGGAGGAUCUUCCUCCUUCUCCGGGUCCAUCAUUUAUGACAAACCCGAAUCCAUCAGCGAUUUGAUGGAUAACACCAUAGGCAAUAUGAAUACGGGCACAUGUCAACGAUAUGUCAGCGCGUUGCCGCAAGGAAGGCCUGAUUUGAUGAACUAUCCGGCCACCGAUUACUACUCUAGUCUCGUUUUACUGCCCAAUAACUGUCAUAACUGUGCUUACAAUACCUCCAACUAUGCCUCUCCCUAUGCCACGAAUGCUGCCUGCUUCCCCCAUUCUCUGAGUCGAUCGCGUCUCCGGCCGCCGUCCUUUAUCGCUCCUCCUCCACCUCCAUCUUGUCCUCCACCACCUUUAUCUAGUUAUCACAGGAAUGGAGUUCCCUUAUAG